GAGUGAGAAGAAGGGAAAAUCCUAGCUAUAUAUUCGCACAAUAUAUACUCUUAGUUUCACUUUACUCACGAGCUGCUGGCCGCUGUUGUUUGUUUCUGCUUCCAUCUCUCUCUUUCGCUGCUUCUCGAAUCAUCUUCUUCUUCGUUCCAAGUGAAAGAUGGCUGAUGGUGAGGACAUUCAGCCCCUUGUCUGUGACAACGGAACUGGAAUGGUGAAGGCUGGUUUUGCUGGUGACGAUGCCCCCAGGGCUGUGUUCCCAAGUAUUGUUGGUCGUCCCAGGCACACUGGUGUCAUGGUUGGGAUGGGUCAGAAAGAUGCUUACGUUGGUGACGAAGCUCAGUCCAAAAGAGGUAUUCUCACGUUGAAGUAUCCGAUCGAGCAUGGUAUUGUGAGCAACUGGGAUGACAUGGAAAAGAUCUGGCAUCACACUUUCUACAACGAGCUCCGUGUGGCCCCUGAGGAGCACCCGGUUCUUCUCACUGAGGCGCCUCUUAACCCUAAAGCCAACAGGGAGAAGAUGACUCAGAUCAUGUUCGAGACUUUCAAUGUCCCUGCCAUGUAUGUUGCCAUUCAGGCAGUUCUUUCUCUCUAUGCCAGUGGGCGUACUACAGGUAUUGUGCUCGACUCUGGUGAUGGUGUGUCUCACACUGUGCCAAUCUACGAGGGGUAUGCUCUUCCCCAUGCCAUCCUUCGUCUGGAUCUUGCGGGUCGGGAUCUCACAGAUUCUCUAAUGAAGAUUCUCACCGAGAGAGGUUACAUGUUCACCACUACCGCCGAGCGAGAAAUCGUCCGUGACAUCAAAGAGAAACUUGCUUAUGUCGCUCUCGACUUCGAGCAAGAGCUCGAGACAGCUAAGAGCAGUUCUUCAGUGGAGAAAAACUACGAGCUACCUGAUGGACAAGUCAUCACAAUUGGAGCUGAGAGAUUCCGUUGCCCUGAAGUACUCUUCCAGCCAUCGCUUAUCGGAAUGGAGGCUCCUGGAAUCCAUGAAACGACUUACAACUCCAUCAUGAAGUGUGACGUGGAUAUCAGGAAGGAUCUGUAUGGAAACAUCGUGCUCAGUGGUGGUUCAACCAUGUUCCCAGGAAUCGCUGACCGUAUGAGCAAGGAGAUCACGGCGCUCGCUCCAAGCAGCAUGAAGAUCAAGGUGGUCGCACCGCCCGAGAGGAAAUACAGUGUCUGGAUUGGAGGAUCUAUCCUUGCAUCCCUCAGCACUUUCCAACAGAUGUGGAUCUCGAAGGGAGAGUACGAUGAGUCCGGUCCGUCGAUUGUCCACAGGAAAUGCUUCUAAGUGGUUUCUUGUGGUGAGUGUUGUUUUACAAAUCUAUUUCCCGAAGUUGAGAUGGGAAGUGAAACUAUCUGUUGUUAUGUGGUUGUUGUUUUCGUGGGUCUCUUUUUAAAAACCUUCUCUUGAGUCUGUGUACUUUAGUUUUACCUCUGUUUAUUAUUUUCUCUUUAGGAUGCUUGUGAUGAUGCUGGUUUUUUUGUCCUUAUUAAGCAAAAAAAAAAUAUCGUAUUCUA